AUGAAGGUCACCGGCUUCCUCUCCCUCGCCUUCGCGGCACUGGCCUCGGCUGUACCAGCGGGCCAGACGACCUCCAAGGGCGUGUCGCAACUCGCCAAGUUCGACGACCUCACCGCCGUGCCAGGCAUCUCUCAGAUCAACCCAGUUGGCAUCUACAAGGGCAUCAACUACAGAUCCUUCAACGUCCUCCAAAACGGCGUUCUCGGCGCUGCCCAGGUCUCGGGAGUGAAGGCGCAAUCCGGCUCCCAAGUCGCCGCCAACUCCAUCACCGGAACCGUCCUCACCGGUUCCCCGGCCCUCAUCCCAGCCUCGCCCUACAAGUCGUUCAACUUGCAAUCGCUCUACUUCGGCUGCGUCGUCAACUCGGCCGUCUCCGUCUCCGGCGUCCCGCAACAGUGCACCGUUGCGUUCACGUCGUACCUCCCGGGCAGCAAUGUGGCGUACCAGACCAUUAACCAGCAAUUCGACCCUUCCAAUGCCGUGCUCUCCAAGAUGACCCAGGUUACCUUCCCGAAGUCGUGGCAGAAGAUGGGAAGGGUGUCGAUCUCGAUCGUGCAGGCUACGACCACUUCGCCGUUGGCUGCGCUGUUCCUUGACAAUGUGCAGUACACUCUGUUCAAGUAG